AUGCUGCUGCAGUUUCUGUUCUGCGUGGGGCCGACCCUGGGAGUAUCCGUGAGGUAUACACUGGAAGGAUGGCUAGGAACUGCCCUAGCAACAGUGAACAUGCUGCUGCUCAACAAUGUUGGCGGCUGGCUAACAGGCGGUGCCUACACGAGCCGCAUCGAGUUCAUCGACAAUGCCACAAAUGCUACAGUGGUGACCUCCAGGUGGAUGCCUCUCUGUAACACCGCAGCAGACCUCAGCUUUCACGGCUGCGUUUUCAAUAUGCGUGCUGACCUUGCGGAAGAGGCACAGUUUCUCAAAGCUGCAGUGGUCUUGGCGGACACCGUGGUAUUCAUGGCAGCCAUGCUCUUCUUUGGCUUCAGUACAAACAUGCGGCUCUUCAGCAUCUCCACGCACAUUUACCUAGCAAUAAGUUUCCUGGACCCCAGCACUGGAGCUUUCGACCUCCAGCCAUCCCUUUCCGUCAACUACUUUGUCAUCGUCUCCAUUGCUUCCGUUGGCGUCUUCCUCUGCUUCCUUCUGCCUCGGCCGCUUACUUCCACUGCGCAGGCCAGUCGCAUUUUGCAGGAGACGGGGUCCGCGGUGGCAAUGAUUCUGGAGUCCCUUCCGCUGACGUCGUCAGAGCUUUGCCGCAGCAAAGCUCAAGCGGCGCUCAAUGAGAUGAAUGUCGUCAUGCAGAACUUCGACGCUGUUUUUUGCGCAGCUGCUGCCGUGCCAACGAAGGAUUCUGAGCAAAUCGUCCUGAACCUCCCAUCCCUACGGCAUGAAUGCUGCCUCGUUGCAAGCACUCUGACAGCGCUCUUGGCGGUCAAGACCCCGGACGAAGUGAAGCCGGUUGUCGACGUCCUUCUCGAGAAGCGGCAGGCAUUGCAACAGCAGCUUGCCACCGAGUUUGUGCAGGGCCAGCAGCCUGAAACGCACCUUCUGCCUCCAACGCUGGUGUUCGCCCUCACGCUGGCCGGAGUUGUCAAGGACACCUGCGACUCCCUUUCUUCUCUGGCGUUGUACGGCCUAGCGGACACGGUGGCUACGAGUCGCUGCUUCUUCCAGUCCCUGCAGGCUCACAUGGAGAUCAAGUUCUAUGAGCGAAGCAUCACGCAUCCUCGCUUCGUCCUGCGAUACACUCUGUCGCUGACCAUCGCCUUCCUGAUCGGGUGGUGGCUUGGCAUCUCCAACGUGCUCGCCCCGUACUCCUCCACGCCGGCAGCCACGGUCAGCGUCAUCAUCUACACCUUCACAGGCUCCAGCCUGCCUGUGACCAUGAGGCGUCUCAACGGCGUUGUUGUGGGGACUGUCAUCGGCAGCAUUGCCCAGCGCCUCUUUGCGGUGCAGCUGGUUUUCCGGGCGGUCUGUUUUGGCCUCUUCCAGCUGGUGAUCGUGACAGUGCUGAUCCUCGUCAGUCUGCAGUCAAAGCAGCAUGGCGGUCUCGCCUUGCUCAUAGCUGCCUUCGCCAUGUCUUCAUGCAUGCCUUCGGGAGGUAUGUUCCGGCCAUACAGCGAGAAGAUCACCGCAGCGGACGGCAGCUUCCUCUUCGCUAAGAUUGUGGGCACCUUCAUCGGUGUUGCAGUCUUGAUCCUUGUGGAUUUCAUCCUCAGUUCCAGUGCCCGCCGGCAAGCGAAGCAGAGGCUUUUGCGGGGCCUCAGCCGAGUUUCUGGCUUUGUCAAGGAGGUACUGGAUCCCGAAGAGCUUGGCAACGUGGACCCAGAGGACCUCGAGAAGGGCCAGGAGAAAACCGCAGACUCCGCCCAAGCCAAGAUCUACGAGGACCUUGACGAGUUAGUAAACUUGCUGCCGUACGCUAUGGACGAGCCAUCGGCGCUACCCUUUCAGGUGGAUCUCUUCAAAGAUUUGGAAAAGGGCCUGCGGGCUGUGACACGGCACUUCCGGAUCAUCCUUUGGGCAAUCCAGAUCCUCGAGAAGCCCCAGAAGCGCACCACCUUGAAGGCAGGUUCCAGGAUCUUCAAAGGCAAGCCGGACAAGGUGGUCAAGGCGGAGCCGGUCCUGCGUGGUGAUCAAUUUCGGCCCAUCCUGGCAACGCUUGCGGAGGAGAUUCAGCUGAUGCUCUCCAACAUGCGGGUCAUCGUGGCAGGCAUCUAUAACAAGAACGACGAAGAGGCUGAGGCUGUCAAGGACCUUCUCCGCAAGAAGCUCUACACCAGGCCUUGA